CGCUUCCUGUCGGUCGGUUCAGGAGUCCGUCAGCUAGAAUUACAGUAUUAACGGAAACCUCAGGCAUGGGGACCCGAGAUGACGAGUAUGAUUAUUUAUUUAAAGUGGUACUCAUCGGAGACUCUGGUGUAGGGAAGAGUAACCUGCUGUCUCGUUUUACACGCAAUGAGUUUAACCUGGAGAGCAAGAGCACCAUCGGCGUAGAGUUUGCCACCCGCAGCAUUCAAGUUGACAGCAAGACUAUCAAAGCUCAGAUUUGGGACACAGCCGGACAGGAACGCUACAGAGCGAUCACAUCGGCGUACUACCGGGGUGCAGUUGGAGCUCUUCUGGUGUAUGACAUUGCAAAGCACCUGACCUAUGAGAACGUAGAGCGCUGGCUUAAGGAGCUGCGAGACCAUGCAGACAACAACAUCGUUAUUAUGUUAGUGGGCAACAAGAGUGACCUGCGACACCUUCGAGCAGUGCCCACUGAUGAGGCCAGGGCUUUUGCAGAGAAGAACAAUCUGUCUUUCAUUGAGACUUCUGCUUUGGACUCCACGAAUGUUGAAGAGGCUUUUAAAAACAUACUAUCAGAAAUCUACCGCAUUGUAUCACAAAAGCAGAUAGCUGACAGGUCUGCGCAUGAUGAGUCUCCUGGAAACAACGUGGUUGAUAUCAGUGUGCCACCCACCACCGACGGGUUAAAAGGCAGCAAAUUCCAGUGCUGUCAGAACCUGUGACCCUGCUCUUCCUUCGUUUUUUUGUUGCUUCCUCCUUUUUCCCUGUCACGCUGUUCAGUGCUUCUUUGCUCUUGUGUUGUGCAACAGCUGCUGCUCUUUUUCCCUCUACUUACCUCUGUCGUGUUUCCAUGUCAGAUCUAGAAUUUUCUCCAGGCUUGUGAAAUUCUAGAUAACAUUCCUUUUUCUUUUAUCAUCCUUCUUUGUUUUUUGUUUCUGUAUCAAAUCGUUUUCUUGUUUUGAAAUGUCUAAAUCUGUUUUGAAGGUGAUUCUGGUUGAGCACUGAUUGUGUGACCCACUCCUAAGGAACGGGAUGGUGAGGGAUCAGUGUCUUAAGCUUUCAGGCUCUCUGAGAAGUUUUCUCUUUGGGAUUCCCUACACUAAGCACUUCAGCCAGGCCCAAUAAAGGGAUCCCUCCUAGUUUAACUUCUGGCUGAUAUCAGCAUGUUAUGCAGAAACAACUAAUAGGGAAACUGGUGUGUCUGGAGGAUAUUGAUACCAAAUGGAACUGCGAUCAUUUCAGUUGUAUUAUUAAUAAAGUGAAAAAUUUCUCUAUAAAUAAAUUUAAAUCCAAUUAUACUUACCAUGACUUGACCCGGCUCUUUGCAAAGGAGAAUGUAAUAAGGAUUCAGUGUUCAACCUGGUCAGCUGUUUGUCCAUUCAUCUCCCAAAAUACAUCAUUAGAUUCUCAUUUGAAUUUAAGUGUCAACAAUGAUAUGUUUAUUUAAAAAAUGCCUUAUGUUUUUCCAUGCUGUGAAGAAAUGCCUUUAUUGAAGCAUGGUUAUAUGACUUUCACAUAUCCAUGAAGUCACAUCAGCUGUUUUGCCUUUUAUCAAGUUAUAAUGGGAUGGAAAAAAUAAACCAAAUUACUGUUACAA